AUGAGGAGAAUGAUGCUGGACCCGAUUCCUCAAAAAUGGAAACAGUUAUAUCAUGCAUGGGAUAUCCGAGUGUUCAUUGUCUUGAGUCUUUCCUUACAAAUGUUUUUGAUUCUCGCUGCUCCUUUGAGAAAACGAACAAAAAACAACAUGAUAAUCACAUUAUUGUGGUCUUCAUAUUUGCUAGCAGAUUGUGUGGCUAACUUUGCUGCUGGGCUCAUCUUGAGCAGCCAAGGGAACCCUAAUGACAACCCGACCGGAAAAGAUGAUAGGGUAGCUGUGCAAAACCAAGACCUUCUUGCGUUCUGGGCGCCAUUUCUUUUGGUGCACCUUGGUGGUCCGGACACUAUUACAGCUUUUGCGAUGGAAGACAAUGAGUUGUGGCCCCGUCAUCUUCUUGGUCUUGUUUUCCAGUGUGUAGCUGUAGUUUAUGUGUUUCUUCAGUCGCUACCACAAAAUCGGCUAUGGAUUCCAACAAUGUUGAUGUUUUUUACAGGAGUCAUCAAAUAUGCGGAAAGAACACGUUCUCUUUAUCUUGCUAGUUCCAAAAUAUUCAAAGAAUACAUUUAUAAAUGUCCUGAUCCUGAGCCGGCAGAUGCAAAAAUCAUAGAAGCAUAUAUUUCAAUGAAGAAGGCGAAACUACCUACUAGAAUUGUGAUGGUUCCCAAGCCAGAUUAUGGAGCCGCUAGGACUAAAAGAGGAAAUUUGUCAGAAAUGGAGGUCGUGCAGUAUGCUUAUCAAUUGUUUGAAACAUUUAAAGGGCUUGCUGUGGAUAUGAUUUUGAUUACUCAGAUACAACAGAAUCAAAGUCGGAAUUUCUUCCUGUAUCGGACCGCAAAAGACGCUUUCAAAGUGGUUGAGACUGAGUUAAAUUUUAUCUAUGAUGUUCUCUUCACAAAAAAUUGGUUGCUAUUUUCUUCAGCAGGAGUCGUCGCCAUUGGCCGGUUUUUAUCUUUUGCAACGAUUUGUUCAGCAAUCUUAUUAUUUAUAUUCGAAAACAAAACAAAUUUUCGAAGCUCUGAUGUGACGAUUACUUAUACUUUGUUGUUUGGUGCUUUGGUUUUGGAUAUGAUCGCUCUGCUCAUGCUUUUGUUUUCAAACUGGACCAUCAUUAGUUUACGAAAAUCUCCUAAUGCUCUGCUGGACAACAAGUCUCUUAAAACGCGAAUCAUCAGUUCAUUUCUCAGAUUCACGACUGAGGGCACCCUUCAGGACACAACAUACCAUGCUCAAUCAAAAACAAGUGCACCACAAACUUGUAAAUGUAUACGACGAAGGUGGUCAGAAUCCAUUUCAACUUACAACCUAAUCGAUUACUGUUUACACCGACGUCCAGCCUUAGUUAAUUUAUGUUUGGAUCAGCUGGGGCUUAUUGGCUUUAUGGACGGGUUCCAGUAUGUAAAAUCCCAAAAGUUCACCAACAAACUAAGAGACUUCAUCUUCAUGGAGCUAAAAGCAAAAUCAGAACUCGCGGAUGACUUGGAAACUGCCAAGGGGAUAAGUUCAGCACGUGGCGAUUGGGUGAUCCGUGUGGAAGAAGGUUGGGGUGCCUUACUUAGAUAUGUUAUAGAUGUUGACUAUGAUCAAAGUCUCAUUCUUUGGCACAUCGCCACCGAGUUAUGCUACAACAAAGAACUUAAAACGGUAACCGCAGAUGCCAAAAAUGAUAAUCACCGCCAUAUUGCAAAAGUAUUAUCAGAUUACAUGUUGUAUCUUCUUAUCAUGCAACCAAGCUUGAUGCCAGUAGCAGUAGUAGGUAUUGGAAAAAUGCGGUUCCGAGAUACUUGUGUUGAGGCCAUGAUGCUUUUCGAUAGUGGGAAAGGUCGUGAAGUAAAACAAGAGCAAAAUCAAACUCAACGAUAUUGGAAUAUGGAUGUAGUGGAUUGGGAGCAGAUAAAUGCUUGCAUGAAGAUUCUUGAAGUAUCCCCGGAAAUGCCACCGGUGAUCGGAAGGGGUGACCAGAGCAAGUCAUUGCUCUUUGAUGCUAGCAGUUUGGCCAAAACUAUAAUGGAGAUAGAGGAGAAAGACCUGCGUAUGAGUAAAUGGUUUAUUAUAAGCAAGGUAUGGGUGGAAAUGUUAUGUUAUGGUGCAAAUCAUUCACCAGCCAAUACUCUAGCAGACCAAGUGAGCAAAGGUGGGGAGCUCAUUACCAUCGUUUGGUUGUUGAUGGCUCAUUUUCGUUUGAGUGAUCAAUUCCCAAUUACUGAAGGCCAAGAAAUAGCAAAACUCAUUAUUGGCAAGUAG